GCAACAAGAAUCGCUUCAAUCGGAGCAAGAACGAGAAAGCUAUGAAGAUUCAAAGUUCAUGAGCUUGCGUUACAAUUGCGGCGGUUACAAAGUGAAGUUGUGGGGUGACUCUAUAUGGAGUUGGGACCUUUGGGGUUGGGGAAAUUCGUCACUCUACUGUAACAGCUGCAAAUUGGUUGGGAACAACCAAGCUAGGUUGGCAAGGGUGGCCAACUUGGAUGGAUUGGUUGGGAAGGGACAAAGGUCAAAGAGAAGAUGAAUGAGAGAGGAGGAGAUGCUAAUGGAAGAGGAGCUGUAGCUGAGAAGACAAGUGAGCCGCCGCCAUCAAAAGUUGAAGCUUUGGAUGGCUCCAACUAUGAUGAAUGGAGCGGACGGAUGAGGAGUGCCUUCAAACGCUACAAGCUACUGAAGAUUGCUGUUGGGGAAGAGAACAUGCCGGAAGAAGGCGAAGCACGCGAACGGUGGAUUGAGAAAAGCGCGGUGCUUUUCGACCUCAUCCUUCAAUCGGUCAACAAGGAGAUGUUCGAGCACAUCAAGGAUCUUGUGGAAGCGGAUGAUUCGGGUCCAAGGGCGUGGAAACUACUACGCGAUGUGAUUCAGCCCAACACUCUCCCGAUGGUGAUCGUGCUCGAGAAGGAACUUGCUGCCAUCUCCAUGCGAGCAGGGGACGAUGUGAAGCCGGUCCUUGACAAGAUCAAGGACACCUAUGCAAGGAUGGCAGCAGCGGGCAGCAUUGUAUCUCAGCUGCAGCAGUGCACCAAGAUCAUCUCGGUGUUGGACAACUCUUAGGACAACCUCAUCCCCACCCUCAACUCUCAGCAAGAUCAAUGGACACCUGAGUG